AUGGGUUCCUCUAUUGGUUGUAUUUGUACACCGAAAGAUUUAAUAUCGUUGAAUGAAGAUGAUGAUGUUGCAACUGAACGAAAAAUAAUUUAUUCGGAUCGUGAUAACAUAAAUUGUGAUAUUUUACGUGUAAUCGAUUUAGUUAAAGUAUAUGGAUGGAGAUUCGGAAAAAAAUUUAUAGCUGUUAAACAAACAUGUAUUGGUGUUAAACAAGGUGAAUGUUUUGGUUAA